AUGCCAGGUGAUCAAAGCGUUCGUCCUUUAAUCAAUACCAACACCAACCAGCAAAUAUCACCUUCUAACAGCAACCGUCUUUCUUCUAUUUUGAACUUGGGUGGAUGUCAAAGUAAUACCCCAGUUAAUCGAAAUCCCAGCCCACAUCUCACCGCUCCCGUCACUUCUACUUCAGGGUCUCAAGAUCUCAAAAAAAGACAGCGCGCUUCAUCAUUAACUUUUGGUUUGCUUCAAUCAGUAACCAACUCAAUAAGAAACACAGUAUUGUCGGAUAAUUCCAAAAGUACUGAAAACGUUACUAGCAACAUGAAUGGCAACCUAUCACCUAAUAAUGCGGAACUCUCCGAACCAAUAAUGAUUGGUCUGAACAGCGAUCUCGAAGUCACUGACAACCAAGUAAGCUCGAUACCGAGUCCUGAUUUAAGAUCCACUGGUAGUGAUUUGCAUCUCCAUGUUGAAGAAAGAGAUGCUGAUCUCGGAUCGGACAGUGACCUAGGAGACUUGUCGCCACCAAUGAUUCCUCCAAGUAGCAUUGACGGAGUUAUCACUUCUCAGGCACAUCAAACACACGACCAUAAUAAUAAUUAUGGUGAAGUUCCAAAAAGAAAUAAGAAUGGUACAUACUCUAUCAGAUUGACGCCUUACGUUGAUUCUGCCUCUGCUUCGGCAGCGUUAUACUUUGGUCCAGUAGUGCGAAGAUUAAAGCCAGGAAAGACCAUUGCCAUUGGGAGAUAUACCGAAAAAAAUAAAGAGGCAUUGACAGCCCUGCCAAACUCCUCGAGUCCAGUGGUUUUCAAAUCAAAGGUGGUUAGUAGAACACAUGCAGAAAUUGGGGUUGAUGAAGAAGGAAAUUGGUAUAUUAAAGAUUUGAAAUCAUCGUCAGGAACUUUUCUCAACCAUAGAAGAUUAUCAUUGGCUAAUCAAGAAUCUGACAAGACAUUAUUCAGGGAAGGUGAUUUGCUUCAAUUGGGGAUGGAUUUCCGUGGAGGUACUGAAGAGAUUUACCGUUGCGUGAAAAUGAGAAUCGAGUUGAAUAAAUCUUGGAUCAGAAGAACUAAGGCAUUUAGUAAGGAAGCCCAUGAAAGAAUCAAGCAUUUGAAUCCUGACAAGAGUGGUGAGGAACAGAUACAGUGCGUGAUUUGCUUGGAUGAUAUCAACCCAUGCCAAGCGGUGUUUGUGAGUCCUUGCUCGCAUUCGUACCAUUACAAAUGUAUCAGAAGAGUGAUUGUGAAAACCUAUCCUCAGUUUUUAUGUCCUACAUGUCGGGCAUUGAGUGACUUGGAAGCCGAUGAUGAUGAUGAUAGUGAGGAAGAUGAAACCGCUGAGGAAGAUGUGACUAAUUGA